AAAUACUCUCUUGAUCAGGCUCUUGUAAAAAAUAUCUCUCCUUUUAUUCUUUCUUCAUAUGUUUCAUCUAUUCUUUCAAGGUAUUCCACAAAUGGGCGCAGGAGGACAAAGGGAUAGUACGAGCAUAAAAUCACGAGGACCUGAAAGGGCUAAUUAUCGCCGAGCCCCAAACUCUAAACCACCCUUCACCUUAGGCCAACUCAAGCAAGCUAUUCCACCACAUUGUUUCAAACGUUCCCUUCUUAAAUCCUUUAGUUACUUAGUUUAUGACCUUACACUAGCCUUGCUUUUCUAUUCAUGUGCCUCUAAAUUUUUUCCCACUUUAACUUAUCCUCUUAGUUUUCUAGCAUGGCCCACAUAUUGGGCCUUACAAGGCUGCAUUCUAACUGGUGUUUGGGUCAUAGCCCAUGAGUGUGGCCAUCAUGCUUUUAGUGAUUAUCAAUGGGUUGAUGAUGUUAUGGGCCUUAUCCUUCACUCAUUCCUUUUAGUCCCAUACUUCUCAUGGAAGUAUAGUCAUCGUCGCCACCACUCGAACACCGGGUCAUUGGAUAGGGAUGAGGUCUUUGUACCAAAGCCCAAAUCUGAGGUUUCAUGGUCCACCAAGUACUUGAACAAUCCAUUAGGUCGAAUGAUCUUGCUCAUAAUCACACUCAUAUUAGGCUGGCCCAUGUACUUACUCUUCAAUGCAUCAGGUCGUCCUUACGAUAGAUUUGCUUGCCAUUAUGACCCACACGGGCCCAUUUUCUCAAGUCGAGAAAGGGCCCAAGUUCUAAUAUCUGAUUUAGGCUUAGUUGGAAUGGCAAUUCUCCUAUACAAAGUUACUAUGGUUAAGGGUCUAGCUUGGGUGGUUUGUAUUUACGGUAUCCCACUUUUAGUCGUGAACGGUUUUCUUGUCACCAUAACAUACCUCCAACAUACUCACCCGGCAUUGCCCCAUUACAACUCAUCGGAGUGGGAUUGGUUAAGGGGAGCGUUAGCCACAAUGGACCGUGAUUACGGGGUGUUAAACAAGGUAUUCCACAAUAUAACCGAUACUCAUGUUGCUCAUCAUUUGUUCUCUACAAUGCCUCAUUAUCAUGCAAUAGAAGCAACCAAAGCAAUCAAGCCUAUUCUUGGGGAAUAUUACCAAUUUGAUGGGUUACCAUUUUACAAGGCAUUAUGGAGGGAAGCUAAGGAGUGUUUGUAUGUAGAACAAGACAAAGACUCAACACAACAAGGUGUAUUUUGGUAUCGAAAUCGGUUCUAAAUGUUUAAGGUCCUAAAUUGAGGCCAUGGAAAAGGUUGUUGGUCUAAAAACUAUUCUAUUUGUAUGUGUAAAUUGUGAUAUUUAUUAGUUAGAGUAGCAUUUAUGUGUAACUAGAUAAAGUGUUUCAUUGUACUAGAUUGUAUGGCACUAAUAUCUUUUAUUGUGAGAAACUUUUAUACAUAAUCUAUAAAAUAAUUAAGUUCGAC